UCUCUCCCCCUCUCCUGCUCAGCGGCACAGUCCAGAGGACGGACGGACGCCCAGUUCUUCUUCCUGCGUUCAUCUCUGCAUCGCCUUCCCUCGUCUCUGUUUCUUCUUCUUUGUUGGGACGCUCUUCAUCAUCUCCUCCUCCUCCUUGUGCUCCUCCUCGGGGCUCCUGCUGUGGGACGGUGGCGUCCAACAGACGGACACACUGAAGGAAAGUUGUUUGCAUCUCUUUGAUUGGCUGAUUGGCUCAAACGCAGCGGGUGGACUCAAACUUGACAUCCCACUCAUGAAUUCUUUCCAUCGUAACCAUAGCGACUGGCAUCCUUGGCGGCAGCGGCGGUCUCCUCAUCAUGCUUUGAGACUUUAGAACUCUUUGUAUAAUCAUAAGGUUCGUUACCGCGGCAAUCAGGAUGCAGGUGUCCAUAGCAUGUAACAUGGGAGGAGGUGGGGGCGGUGGAGGGGCCAGCGAGCACCAGCUGAAGGAGCGCAGGGCGGCGGCGAACACCAGCAGCGCCCCCAUCUGCCAGGUAAAGGUCAGGGCCGAGCCUUCGGAGCGGAACACCCUGCUAGGCCACGCCCACAUGAAGGAGGCCCUCGGGCGUUAUAGCAACAUGAAGUACAGGAAUCUUGGGAAAUCUGGGCUGAGAGUGUCCUGCUUAGGACUGGGAACAUGGGUGACAUUUGGUUCUCAGAUCUCUGACGAGAUGGCAGAGAGCGUGAUGACGGUGGCGUACGACAGCGGAGUGAAUUUGUUCGACACAGCGGAGGUUUACGCCUCGGGGAGGGCGGAGACGACUCUGGGAAACAUCCUGAAGAAGAAAGGAUGGAGGAGGUCCAGCUAUGUGGUGACCACGAAGCUCUACUGGGGCGGACAAUUAGAGACACGACAGGGUGGAAAUGGCCAUCUGCGCGUGUGUGUUGCAGGUCUGCGUGGCUCGCUCUCCAGGUUACAGCUGGACUACGUGGACAUUGUUUUCGCCAACAGGACAGACGUGAACGCGCCGAUGGAGGAGAUCGUUCGAGCCAUGACCUUCGUCAUCGAGCAGGGCAUGGCCAUGUACUGGGGGACGUCCCGCUGGAACGUGGUGGAGAUCAUGGAGGCGUACUCCAUUGCGCGGCAGUUUAACCUGAUCCCUCCGGUGUGCGAGCAGGCCGAGUAUCACUACUUCCAGAGAGACAAAGUGGAGCUGCACCUGCCCGAACUCUACCACAAGAUCGGUGUCGGAGCCAUGACCUGGUCCCCGUUAGCUUGCGGCCUGCUGACGGGCAAAUACAACGAGGGCGUACCUGAGAGCUCCAGAGCCGCCAUGAAGGGCUACGCUUGGCUGAAGGAGCGCCUCUGCAGUGAUGAGGGGAAGAAGCAGCUCAGCAAAAUCAAAGAGCUCCACCUGCUGGCCGACAGGCUGGACUGCACAGCUGCUCAGCUGGCCAUUGCCUGGUGUCUCCGCAGUGAAGGCGUCAGCUCGGUGCUGCUCGGCGUCUCCAACACAGAACAGCUGCUGGAGAACCUCGGCUCUGUCAGGGUGCUGUCUCAGCUGACUCCGCCCCUCAUCGCCGAGAUGGACGCGUUGCUGGGCAACAAGCCAAGAAAUGUGAAGAAGGAGGCGAGAAGAUGAAGAUGAGGAAGAGUUCAGACUGUAGAUAAUCAGAAAUAUUUAUUCUUGUAUUAAUCUUCACAUCUUCAUUAAUACAGUAAAAUAUUCAGAUGGAUAAACUGUGAAAACAGUUAAAAACAGAGAAAAAUGACGAGAACGUUUGAAGCUGGUAUCAAAGGAAACUUUUAUUUUGAAGGUAAAACCAUUAAAAUAUAAAUAUGUUUGUUUGCUAGUUACUAAUGUAGGGACUUAUGGAAGUUCCUUAAUUAAACAAUGUUUGUGGGGAGCUGCAGAAAUAAAAAUCUAGAUUUUAUGAAACUGUGAAACACAUUAAAUAUGUAUAACAAUAAAACGUGUAUCCGUAUAAACAGAAGCACAAACUUUUUUCUAGUUAGGAAAUAAUAACUUGGUUUUAUUUUGUAAACAAUCACAAAUAUCACAUGAAUGUAGAGUUUUAUUUUUAUAUAUUACUAUAAUUUUUAUCAUCACA